AUGGACCUUUCUUCCAACUUCUUGAUAGGAAGCAUCCCAGAAUCAAUGGGUCAACUUAAAAUGAUAACGUACCUAAAUCUAUCACACAACUCGCUCGGAGGCCCAAUGGGAGACUCAUUUCAAAAGCUAAAGAGCUUAGAAUCAUUAGACCUCUCCUUCAACAACUUCUCUGGCACAAUUCCUAUGUACAUUGCAAAUUUUACCGACUUGAUUACCUUGAACCUCUCAUUCAAUAGCCUAGAAGGCCAAAUACCAGAGGUUGGUGUUUUCUCAAACCUCCCAUUGCAAUCUUUGAUUGGGAAUGCUAGGCUAUGCGGUGCUCCUCGCCUAGGAUUUAUCCCAUGUGUUGGUAAAUCUCAUUCAAGUAACAGACACUUGCUACUUGUUAUACUCCCAGUUACCAUUGUAGCUCUUACCAGCAUUGCUAUUUCCUUAUGCCUACUAAUAAAAAAGAAAAAAAAGCACAAGGGAGCAGCAGAAACUUUUGUUGAUCCAGUGGAUGGCAUAGGCCAUCAGAUAGUCUCCUACCAUGAGCUCAUUAGGGCCACAAAUAACUUCAGUGAAGAUAACAUGUUGGGAUCUGGAAGCUUUGGGAAAGUAUUCAAGGGUGAAGUGGGUGGUUCGGUUGUUGCAAUAAAAAUUCUUGACAUGCAACUAGAGCAGGCUGUGAGAAGCUUUGACUCGGAGUGUCGUGUUCUUUGCAUGGCGCGGCACCGCAACCUGAUACGGGUACUCAACACAUGUUCCAACCUAGACUUCAGGGCACUUGUGCUUCAAUACAUGCCGCUUGGCAGUUUAGAGACGCUACUACACCGGUCUAGUACAUUGCACUUGGGGUUCCUAGAUAGGCUCGACAUCAUGUUGGAUGUGUUAAUGACAAUGGAGUAUCUACACCAUGAGCACUAUGAGGUGGUUUUGCACUGUGACUUGAAACCGAGCAAUGUGUUGUUUGAUGAGGACAUGACUGCACAUGUGGCAGACUUUGGCGUUGCAAGAUUGCUCCUAGGUGAUGACAACUCCAUGAUUUGUGAGAGCAUGCCUGGAACAGUUGGCUACAUGGCACCAGUUGGAAAAGCAACAAGGAAGAGUGAUGUUUUCAGCUACGGGAUCAUGCUUCUUGAAGAUUUCACAGGAAGGAGACCUACGGAUGCUAUGUUUAAUGGAGAAUUAACCCUUAGGCAGUGGGUUCACCACGCGUUUCCUGCAGAGCUUGUGUGUGUCGCGAAUGACCAGCCAUUGCAUGGUUCCUCUUCUAGAUGCAACUCGGCUGAUGAAUUUCUUGUGCCUGUAUUCGAGAUAGGUUUGCUCUGCUGCAGCGACUCACCUGACCAGAGAGUGACGAUGUGA